GCCGGGCGCACCGAGAUGGCGCUCCGUGGACCCCUCCGGCCGCGCAAAGUUCGCAGGAGGCGAGAGAUGCUGCCGCAGCAAGUUGGCUUCGUAUGCGCCGUGCUGGCGCUGGUGUGCUGUGCGUCCGGCCUCUUCGGAAGCUUGGGCCACAAAACAGCUUCUGCUAGCAAACGUGUGCUGCCAGACACGUGGCGAAAUAGAAAGUUGAUGGCACCAAUAAACGGGACUCCGCUGGCGAAGAACUGCACAGAUCCUGCGAUUCAUGAGUUCCCCACUGACCUGUUCUCCAACAAAGAGCGACAGCACGGCGCUGUCCUGCUACACAUCCUCGGUGCUCUCUAUAUGUUCUAUGCCCUGGCCAUCGUGUGUGAUGACUUCUUUGUCCCGUCCCUAGAGAAGAUCUGUGAGAAACUUCAUCUGAGUGAAGACGUAGCCGGCGCCACCUUCAUGGCAGCAGGAAGCUCGACGCCGGAGCUGUUUGCUUCUGUGAUUGGUGUGUUCAUCACCCACGGAGAUGUUGGUGUAGGCACGAUCGUGGGCUCUGCCGUGUUCAACAUCCUGUGCAUCAUCGGAGUGUGUGGACUCUUUGCUGGGCAGGUGGUGCGGUUGACAUGGUGGGCUGUGUGCCGUGACUCCGUGUACUACACACUCUCUGUCGUUGUGCUCAUUGCGUUUAUAUACGAUGAGGAAAUUGUGUGGUGGGAAGGCCUGGUGCUCAUCAUCUUGUACGUGUUUUAUAUUCUCAUCAUGAAGUACAAUAUGAAGAUGCAGGCGUUUUUCACAACCAAACAAAAGAGCAUUGCAAAUGGUAACCCGGUCAGCAGCGAGCUGGAAGAUGGUAAUGACCUCUAUGAUGGUAGCUAUGACGACCCUUCUGUGCCAUUGCUGGGGCAAGUGAAGGAGAAGCCUACCUACAGCAAGACCCCCGUGGUGAUGGUGGAUGAGAUUCUGAGCUCCAGCCCUCCCAAGUUCACGUUCCCAGAGGCUGGCCUGCGAAUCAUGAUCACCAACAAGUUCGGGCCCAGGACCCGACUACGGAUGGCCAGCAGGAUCAUAAUUAAUGAACGACAGAGGUUGAUCAACUCAGCCAAUGGUGUAAAUAGCAAGCCCCUGCAAAACGGGAGACACGAGAACAUGGAGAACGGAAAUAUUCCUGCGGAGAACCCUGAAGACCCGCAGCAGGGCCAGGAGCAGCAGCCGCCACCACAGCCACCGCCACCCCCAGAGCCAGAGUCAGUAGAGACAGUCUUCCUGUCGCCCUUCUCAAUGCCUGAGACAAAAGGCGACAAGGCUAAGUGGGUGUUCACCUGGCCCCUCAUCUUCCUCCUGUGUAUCACCAUCCCCAACUGCAGCAAGCCCCGCUGGGAGAAGUUCUUCAUGGUCACCUUCAUCACGGCCACGCUAUGGAUCGCCGUGUUCUCCUACCUCAUGGUGUGGCUGGUGACUAUUAUCGGAUACACGCUGGGCAUUCCUGAUGUCAUCAUGGGCAUCACCUUCCUGGCGGCAGGCACAAGCGUUCCAGACUGCAUGGCCAGCUUGAUUGUGGCAAGGCAAGGACUUGGAGACAUGGCAGUCUCUAACACCAUCGGCAGCAAUGUGUUUGACAUCCUCGUGGGACUUGGCAUCCCGUGGGGCCUGCAGACCAUGGUCAUUAAUUAUGGAUCCACAGUUAAGAUCAACAGCCGGGGUCUGGUCUAUUCCGUGGUGCUGCUGCUGGGCUCCGUCGCUCUCACUGUCCUUGGCAUCCACCUCAACAAAUGGCGCCUGGACCGGAAGCUGGGCAUCUACGUGUUGGUCCUCUAUGCCAUCUUCUUGUGCUUCUCCAUAAUGAUAGAGUUUAAUGUCUUCACCUUCGUCAACUUGCCCAUGUGCAGAGAAGACGACUAAAGCUGAGCUGCUGCCCGGGAAACUGCUGCGGCCACCAUGACGCUGGCGUCCUCUCUCUCUCCUCCUCCACACAGGUCUCUCCCGCCUUGGCAGCAGCUGUCAAUUCUUUCAUGAGCUGGAAGGAAGGGCCACCCUGGGCUUUGUCUGGCCAUGGGCCAGGCUGCUAGGCAUCCGUCCCUGCAUGGCAGGGUCCAGCCAUUGUCUGAGCAGCUCCACAGACUCUUGGCUGCCAGCUGCAGAGAUGCGUCGUGUCUCUUCUCUCUUGCACACUUUAGGCAAAAGGACUUCAGGGUGCUGUUUGUAUUUCUAUUACAUGGGCAGCCUCCGAAGUGAGUCAGUCAGUGAACAGGAGGUAGCCUAGAUGAGUGCAAAGUAGGACGUGGUUGGCCAGUGUCACCUCUGGGCCUGGAGAAGGCAGAUUGUGUUAACAUGAGCAUCCAACUCUGCUGGAAACACUGGAAACGUGAGAGACAAGGCGUCAACCUGCAGGAGCUUGAGAGCACUGCAGUUAUAGGAAAAAAUAGGAAGAGUGGAAACAUGAUUUCCCAGUAGGAGAGAGAGAAAGCAAGCGAAUACUGUUAUCCUUUUUUUUAUUGACACAUUCAAAACAAAUGAGCAAUGAAAUAUUAAAAAUAAAACAUCACAUAUAGAUCAUCAUACUUGAAGAAUAUCAUUCCACACAAAAGGAUCAUUGACAGGGGCCAAAAAGGUUACCCUUGGAGAAAAAUGAAUCCUCUGUGUGUCAUCCUGUGCUGGCUCCAAGACAAUUUGGUUUGGAAUAUAGAAAAAGGUGGAAGACUACACAGAAACAGGUGCUAACUCAAGAGACACAGGGGGAAAUGUAGUCACAGCUACACAUGUCAGACCUUAGGAGGCCAUGCCCUGUCCUGUCAGGUUUGUAACUUGUCUGCUAAUGCUCUGCUCUCAAAACCACCCCCAUUGAAAGACACAAUUGUUUAUAUG